AUGGAAACGAGUCCUUCUUACGUUGCUGCGUGUCCCGACGCCAACCGACUUGCUCGUUUCGGCGAGAGCAGCGCUUUUGGGAUGAGGCCGAGGCGAGCAGACGGCGGCGUCGCGUUGUCUUCCCUCCCUCUAUUUGAUGGGGAUAACGCAAAACUUCCAAAGUUUUCAAGUCACUCACUAUGUAACCUUUCCAGAUUUCUUCGUAAAAGCCUUUUCUUCUGGCAUAUAAAGCCGAAUUUCAAAAAUGUGAGAACCGAAAAAUGUUCAACCAGCAUUGUUAAGUUUCUGAAAAUCGGCGUCAUUUUCUUUCAAUCGACUUUUGAUUAGACGGAAGAUUUGAGAAAUGCAGCUGACAUUGAUAAGCGUCUUAUCAAAGAACACGCGGUUCAAGCGGUGAUAUCAAUUUGGAAACUUUCACGAGUAGAGGGUCAUUUCUGGAAUUUCGCUAAUAUAAAAACCAAAAAGCAAGUAGAAAAAAUGAAUUCAGAAAUAAAAAAUUUACAUUUUUCGUGAAGAACCUUCGCCUUAACAGCUAAUCGUUUUCCCUAUACGUAAUGAAAAAUUUUUUUAAAAAAAUGCUAAAAAAACUAGCUGAGACUUUAGAAACUCUAUUUGAAUGUUUUUCAAUCUUUUUUUGAACAAUUCUUCUUCAGAAAUUCAACUUUUCGGACUUUGAGUUCUAACACCUCAACUGCUUCAAAACCCUUCUUUUCCGACAGUUUAACAGAGUUUGAAGCGUUCUAAUUUGAAUAAAUGUCAAAAAAAAGUUUAAAAAUUUUUUUUCGGGCAAGGUCUUUAACGGCCAUUUUCCAAUUUGAAUGUUGGAAAACGGCCGUUGAAGGGAGAGGCUCAAAAAAAAAGCGUAGAAAGGCAGCAAAAAAGGAUCAAAAAGGUCGCAGAAAGGCCGCUAAAAGGCAGCAAAGAGAGUCCCUUUAUGGAGCCUUCCAUUUUUUCUGGGAAUUUAAAGGCUCAAGAAAUGGUGAAAAAAGGGAGAGGCAGCAAAAAUGGUGAAUAAAGGCCGAGAAACUGGCGCAAAAAGGCAGUAGAAAAAGAACCUUUGUCACCCUAAAAGGAACAUUUAUGUAGCCUUUUUUCACCCUUUCUGACUUUGCCUACGUUUAGAUGUAUCAGGACGGCCCAACCAAGACAAUUUCGUGCGAUUUCCCGAAACUUCCUGAGUGAAAAAAUCUUCUCGGAAGUCCAGCCGAUCCAAAAUCACGAAUCGAUGAACAUCAGUUAUCUUUUCGAUGGGAUUUCGGCUUUGACCCGUAUUUUCGCCUCCAUUUUCGCCCUUAUCACUUAUCAUUCCACUGGAACACGUAUUAAUCCGCCAAGAUCCAAUACGAUCUUUUGAUUUAUUUUUUCUUCAGUUUGUCCUUUCUUUUCUACUAAUUUCUUUUUAUUCGAUUUCUUCGGUCCAUGGCCUCAAAAUUCUGCAUUUUUUUUUUCAGAAAUCGUUCAUUUCCAAAGAUAAUCGUUGAAAAAUAGCAAUUUCUAAGACUCCAUUUGAAUCUAAUCAAAGCGUGUUCGCACUGGGAAUGGCUAAAAGUGUUACGGUUAGAAUCUUCGGUACAAAACGCUCAAGCGCGCAAGUCGGAUUGGGUCGGGUGCACCUAAAGACACCGAUUUUCAACCAUUCCUCGCGACAGAUUUUAAAGAUCUUCUGAUUUUUUUUUUCUCAAGAUCUACACAUUAUCCUUGAAUUUUUAAAAUCUACUGUUUUCAGGUCCAUCCAAGAAAAUACCAUCAUUUUUUUCCGGAAAAAGUGAACCUUCUGAAUCCUUCAAAAAAUUAUAAAAAAGGCUGGCGGCGGAGAAUGCGUCGACACGUCUUCAAAUGCUCUUCCAACUGUUUUUCGCAUUUUCCUUGAUUUCAGGUGAGAUAAUUUUAUCAGUUUAUAGAUAAAAUCAACAGCAUCUUCAAUUGAUUUUUCGAGAAAAAAAUCUCUGAAAUUAUGCAAUACUUUACAGUUACUAUGUGCAUUCGCCCCCGUGGAAUCGGCCUGAUUCGCUUACCUUUCGGUUUGUUAAAUUUUUCUUCUUAAGAACUUUCGAAAUUGAUUUUCACUCAUUUUUUCCUCACAAAGAGGUUAUUUUACUUUAAUAUUGGGAUUUUCCUGAAAAUUUGCCAGAACUCUUCUUGAACUAGAAGAAGAUCCUGAAAGUAUCAAGUUACACAACUUCCUAAUUUUCGAGAAAUAAAGGCUCAAAGCCUCAAAAUAGCCAAUUUUAAUGAAUUUUGAGGGGUUUGUUUGACUUUGAGGCGUCUUUUCUCAAAAACGAGGGAAUUGUGCAGAUUGAGACUUUCAGAAACUUCUUCUGGUACGUCAAGGAAUGUUCUGGCCAAACUGAAAUGACCUCCCUUGUCAGACAUAUUAUCAAAAAUCAAAUAAGAUUUCCAGGCGUGUCCGAUCAUCGUUCCGGCCCAUAUCUUCCUAACUUGUACAUUGCUGGCAACAAGCUUUAUCACAAGGUUUUCUUCUUUAAAUAACUUCAAGCCACAAUCGCUGCAAGAAAAAAAUUCAAAAAAGCUCUAUUUUAAAAAUAAUAAAUUUCAGAAAAAGGUAAACUGGAAUAUUAAAGACAUGAAAUUUAUUCUCUCUGAAAUUUGUGAUUUUUCGGAAUUUUCGGAAUUUUUCAAAAAAAUAUGUCACUCCAAUUGAAGACCUACCACAUGAAAAAGUUUUCGAUAGGUGGUGCUGGAAUUUUUUCUAAAAGUCAGCUUCAAAUAAAAAACCAAAAAAUCUCUCUUUUUAUUAAUUUUUUUUCGUUAUGGGUUGUGAUCAUAACGAUGUGAAUCGAAAGAAAAAAAUAUCUUAAAAAUCUGAAAAAAACUGGGAUCAAGUUAUCCUUUUAACUUCACCUAAAGUAUAUUGAUCAGAAACGGCGAAACGAUUUAAAAAAGUCUUUUUUUUUCAUACUCAAAAUUCUCUCUUUUCAAAAAAACCCAGAAAAAGGAUUAAUCCAAAGAUCUUGAUUUUUCACACUUUUCCUCUUUUUGAUUGUUUUUUUUUAUCCUAAUCCGUACAGACGCAAUCGAUCCCGGAUAUGUCCCUCCCGGGCCAGGAAAAGCACUUUUCGGGACACGCCCAGUUCAAUCCAUUCACACACAUGUUGGCCGUCAGUACAAAUCACGAUUUUGGCGAUUCUUGGGGGAUCGGAUAUGGACUUCAAGGCGUCAAUUUCAUGGGUAAAGUCAAAAAAAUGAUGAAAAAGAUGGCCGAGAAAGAUUUGAUCUUAUGUGCUCUGUAGCUAAUUUCUCUUUGAAAAAAACUUAUCGGAGACUUAGAAAGUGAAAGUUUAAAUAUAGACUUGCUAAAAGCGAAAAACGACUUUAAUCAUGACCACUGAACUUGUUAAAUUUCGAAAAAAUGCCAAAAACUGCUGAGAAAUAAUAGCCACGCAAUUUCGCAAAGUGUGCUCCAAGGCAAAUUUUUUUUGUUGAAGGAUAAAACAUCCCAAUCAUGAUAUAAAAUUGAAAAAUGGAAAAAAAAAGAGAAGUUUUAAUUUUUGCAAUGAAAAAAAAUGCUCAAAAAGAGCUGAGAAAAAAUAGCCGCAGAGUUUCGAGAAAGGGCGCUCCAUGGCUAAUAAUUAGAUGAAUAAGGAAAAAUGUUAGAAACGCUAUAUUUUUUUCAAAAAUCCAUCGAGGUAUAUUACAAAUCUCGAAAAACGUUUGAAAAACAGCUAAAAUAGGUUCUCUAAGGCUAAUUUUCAAUGGGGAAAACUUAAAAAACAAUUUUUUUUUCAUUAGACUUGAUAGAAAAAUCGAACCUUCUUUUUCUAGGCCUGAAUAUCCGAAAGCAAUACCGUCAAAUUGCCAGACUUCCACAUUUAUUUACCGAUGGUCAAUAUCAACCUUUCCAGGUAUAUCAUCCUAAUUUUUGGCUUUCGAAACUUUCUUUCAGAACUCUUUUAUCGUUGGGGCGGAAGUGGACGAUUCGAAAUUCAACAGUCAUGCCGUGGCAAUGGAUAUUCCUCUGCCUGGGAUCAAUGAAGUCAGUUUUUUAAUUCAAAAAUCAUAAUUUUGAAGUUUUCCUCGCAAAAAAAGAAUAUCGACUGGGAAAAUUUUAGUGGCCACUUAAGAGGUUUAUAAGGAAGCCAUUCUUUGGCGUUUUAAUGGCCACUACAGUGAUUUUUAGUGAUCUAGCAGUACCACUUACACGGGAAGUGCGAAAGGUCGGAAUUUGAUGAAAAUUUGUUUAAAAGUACUUUCGAACACCCUGAAACCAAAGAAGUUGGAAAAAUUCAUCAUUUUUUCCAAGAAAAAAAUUGGCAAAAAUAAUUUUCGCCGUAAGGAAUCGAACCUGCGUCAUAGGUUCUACAGGGCAAGGCCGCUAGCCACUACACCACGCCGCUUUCCAAACUUUGAGGCGCCAUAACUCGACUAGAACCAAAAAGGCGCACUUUUUUUCAACUUAAAUGGAUUCAGGGUAUUCGAAAGUACCUAUAAACCAAGUUCCAUCAAAUUCCAAUACCUCUACCUUUCGCACUUCCAGUGUUAAGCUUCUAGAGGGGCCACCGAACUUUUUUUUUUGAAGGGACUACUAUAGUGACCACUAAAGUUUUCCCAAGACAUAUAUUCAGAAACUGAUCGUAUUUUAAAGAUUUAAAAUCAAUAUUUUUCGGCUCAAAACUCGUAAAAAUACUACAUUUUGAACCGAAAGACAAUUUCAAAAGCCUCUUUUGAAUCUUUUCCAUGAGAAAAACUCGAAGCUUCUUGAGAAAUUAAAAGUUGAGGCACCGUGAAAUAAAAAAUUCCUUCAUAGACCUUUAGAGAAAAAAAUCAGGAUUUUCGCAGAUAUAAAAUUCUUUUUUUAUUUUGUUUUUUUGUAGAAAAAAAGCUUCAAAAAUACAAAUUUCUAUAUUUAAAAAAAUUCUGAAGCCGAUAUGUCACAUAGGAAAAAAGUUAAAAUUUCUCACUACCGUAACCUAGUUAGGGGCGGAGCCUCACAGUUACUAUUCUAAAAGUUUACACACAUGUCUAGUAACUGUGAAAAAAACUUCAAUUCUCAAAACGAAACUUGAAAUUCUUGAACCAACGUUUCAUUGUGAAUCUGAGAAAACGUGAUUUUAAAGGCUUGAAAAAUCCCUAAAGACCCAAAAACCUUUAUUUUUAAGGUCUUCGAUUUCCAAGAAGAAACGUUGGAAAAGAAGGACGAAGAAGCGACGGACAUUUUCCACACUCGGAUGAAUUUCCCCAUUCCCACAACCAAUCAAAGGUUCCCAUUGAAGGUUUUGUUGCUCAUAUUAGCAAAUAUUAUGAUUCCAUUUAAAGGCCCACUUUUUCGAGCGAUUCAACGACCCGGAUCUCAAUUUCGGUCAUAUUCUUCCUAACGUCAAUUUACCUUUGGUUGAUACUGAUAAGGUUGGUUUUCCUUUUUACUGCCUUCAAAAAAAUUUAUUAUUUUCUAAUUUUUCAGAUCGUCGACCAACUCAUCGAGAACAAGGCUAAUCCGACGCUUGUCGGCUGA